ACAGCUUGGCCGGCAAGCCUGGCCUCGGCCGCAUCCGCCGCAUGCAGCGCGGGUGGAGUCACCCGGCAGACCCAGGGGUUCUGCAGAAGAGUGGAGAGCUCCAGUCCCUUGAAUUCGGGAAGAGACAAGAGGGAGAAAAAAAAAAGGGAGCUGUCGCAUUGCAUCCCAGUUGCAGGCUGCAACCAAUCUGGUUUCCACCUCGAUUCGUCUCCUCUCCAGCAGCAAGCUGUGUGGCCAGAGCUUUAGAUGAGCUCUGGCAGCCCAGCUCGGUUGGUCGUUGAGAAUUUGCACAAGCACCUGCAUGCAGUUGAGUCAACCGUGCUCGGCACCGCCAGUCAUCCGCGCAGCGCGGCGCCCUCCGCCAGCUGGAUUGGAUUGAUCGCACACAUUGCGACCCAGCCCGGGUCGAGCUCCAAGCCCAUAGCAACCCUGGUCCACCGCCACUGCGGCAGACUGGCACCACCAGCCCCCAACCUCGCCCAACCUAAGCUCACUAGCCCAAACCACCGCACCAUCCUGCCUGGCAACACACAGACAAGCCGACAGGAUCAGCGCAGUUGCUGCAAGAGGGUGCCAGCCGCGCGCACCCCCGGGGCCUCGGUUCCGCUCUUUCUUGGACGCACUGCCGGCAGCCAAACACGCUGCAGGAGGAAGACUCGUUGUAGGCUGCUGAUGUAGCACGCGUGCCCGUUUGGAGUAAAUGAACCCCCAUCCCACUGUACAACGCUACUGCCGUCGACAGCCAAGACGCGAGGUGCCAGGCCGACGAAGGGGGCAGAGAUCUGGGCAGCACGAUGCAGAUGCAGAUGCCGCCGUCGACCUGCACCAGCUCGAGCCCCAGAGAGCCGGCGCCAGGCGCGCCUGCAGCAGCAACGACGGGAGGAGCAACCGCCCCAGCACCAGAACCAGCCACCUCGUACAGUAUCGGUGAGGACACCAGCAACAGUAGCACGGCCACUCCGGAACACCGGGCCUCCACGGCCACGGCCAGGGAGUCUUGUGGUGCGCACGCCCACCACAAGAAGGACGGCAGUCUUACAGGAGGUCCCAAAGAUUUGGUAGAUUUGUGAGUACCGUAAGCUUUCUUAUUCUUGUUUUUUUACCCCCCCUAUUAUUAUUGCUGUUGUUAUUCCUCAUUUUAUUCUUAUCUUUAGUUCUGUUUCUAUACAUAUACCCAUACCUGUUCCUUGAAGGAACUGUCAUUUUUGUGGUGGGCGUGGUGCGUCCGCAACCAAAGCAGCAGCGAGCGCGACUCGGCCGUGCUCCGCUUUCCUAGCCACCAGCAGCUGGCGAAUGAGCCUGCCCAGGUAGCAGCACCUAAUGUUUAUCUGCAGAAGCCUGCACCCGACCUCGCCGGCAUCAACAACAAAAACAACAACAGCCACCUCGACGCCAUCCACCCCAGCCCGAACCAGUCCGACCACGCCGCCGCCGCCGCCGCCGCUGCCGCUACCACUGCCACCCUUGCGUCGUCAUCCUCGUCACCGUCCACGUCUCCCAUCCCUCGUCGCGUCUCUGCCAGGAAGCCCUCGCCUGGCCUAGCCGCGCGAUUGAAGGCCCUUGGCUUCGGCGGCUCCCGCAAGCAAUCCCCUCCACCGUCGGGCCGCUCCGACGCCAACGUCGGCCGCCUGCCCGAGGACCAGCUUAGGCAGCUCGACCAAGGCCACCAGGCCGGUUCCGAAGCCACUAUCGUCGAGCGCCGCGGCCGUCCGUGGAAGGGCGCACUCGUGCGCAUUCCCUCAACCAGCAGUCUGAAGGGGUGGUCGUCCAGGUCCAAGCCCGACAAGGAGCGCGCCUCUGCCGAGGCGUCGGAAGACGCCGGCCCGAGCCCUGAUCUCGAGCCGCCCCAUAUACUCCCCGAGAUCCAGGCCCCUUCUCCGCUGGACAUGGACACCAACAAGUUCCGCCUGCCUGACCACACCAAUGGCAAUGGCACCAAGGCCCAGCCGGAGACGCGUGAGCAGCACGUCGCAAGAGGGGGGCCAUCACCCCCUCCAUCUCCAGAGCCUAAUAGCCCACCACCUCCACCACCCCCAAAGGACACGCCUCCCCUGCCGCCCGCGGCCCCGGCCAAUGCGUCAUCUAUGGAGUUCAGCCCGGACUCGUACUUCAACCCCUUGGGGCUGCAGCGGACGGGCUCCAUAUACACCUUGUCGCGAGCGUCUUUCGCCAACCAGCUGGCUCAGCUCACCUCGCUCCAGCUGCCAGAUGCCGAAUCCUUGUCCGGCAAGGUUGCUGCAAUACCCACAGCCCAGGCCGCCGCCAGGGCCCUCAUAGGUGCCGCGGAGCAGAUUAGGAAUUGGAUCUCCAAGGCAGCAGAGGUCAUCGGCGGCCUCGACAGUGAGGAUGAUGUCGAGUGGUCGGCAGCCGGCGGCCGCGAGGGGCUGGAGGAGGUGGAGAGCGCCAUACAUCGUUUCGAAGGUCUCAUAAAAGUCUACCUCUCGGCCAUCGAGGAUUUGAACAGCCGCUUAGAUAUAGAAUCCGUCGCCCCCGAUGACCUCCAGAAGACGGUCAUGCAGAUGGACGCCAUUACCAAGGAGUGGGCUGGCAUACACGACACGCUGAGGACCGUCAAGCGCCAGGUCGAGAUUGCCAUGGAGUGGGAGGAGUUGUGGAAUAUGGUGCUGGGCGAAAUACAGAACGAGAUGGAGGACCUGAGCCGGCUCGUCUUCGAGAUGGAGGAGCGACGCCACAAGUCCAUCAUGGCCGCCACUAGCGGCACCGAGAACGUCGAUAUUAGCGACCUCGAGACCAUCGUCGAGGAGACGCCGCCGCCCGCCACCAGGUUGCAGGCGAAGCAAAACCGCUUCAGCCUGCCCGUGUUUCCCGCAAGCCCAAGCUCUCCAGUGCCUCCAAGUAUGUCUCAGGAGGACUCGAGGCUGCUGGCGCUUUUUGCUAGGAUGCAGCCCCUGCGCGCCUCGCUGGACUUCCUUCCUAUGCGGCUCUCAGCCUUCCAGGCCCGAGCCGACAAGAUAUUCCCCACGGCUUGCGACGAGCUCGAAAUGCGGCGGAUGGGUCUGGACGGCAGUUACCGCAAGCUCGAAAAGGACGCGGAGAACCUGCGACGGGAGCUGGGCGAAGACCGCUGGGUGCUCGUAUUCCGUGGCGCCGGUCGGCAGGCACAGAAGAUGUACGAGUCGGUCGAGCGGAGCAUGGCCAAGCUCAAGGAAGCCGUCGACGCCGGCAUGCACCUGACGAACGCGCCCAUGAUGGGCAAGAAGAUCGAGAGCUACGAGGCAAAGAAGACACACUACGGCCCGGCUGUGGAGCGUGUACUCUCCAUCAUAGACCGCGGCAUUAAGGAUCGGCUGACCGUCAACGGAGAGAUUCUACGCCUGCACACGGAGCUGCAGGCCAAGUGGGAAGAGCUGAAGGACCGCCUCCGCGAAAUGGAUUCCACGCUAGAGGAGGUUGCUGUCUCCCACAAAGGACAGCAGCUUCGCGACUCCAUCUCGAGCAUGCUAUCCAACGACCGCUCCACCCUCGGAAGCGGCCACGACACCCCUCAGAGCUCACCUCCGUCGUCCGUCAUAAUGUCUAGCCUGGGUCUCGACAUGGGCACACCCACAAACCAGAGCAUCAACAAGCGGCGAUCCUCUAGCAUGGGUAGCCACCUUCCCCAGCCGUCGAACCGACGGAGCUCGACGACGACGGGCGCCCUGGGGUCAUCCCUCACCCGAAAGCCCGUCUCGAGGCUGGCGACUACGGGCAGCCUGACGGUGCCAGGCCGCGACAGCUCAGGCUCCGUCACACCGCAGGCGAAGCGCACUCCCAGCCGCCCGCCGUCGACCAUUCCGGGACGCCCGCGCUGGAGCAUGUCCACCACUGGUAUCGACACUGGCCACAACUUCAAACCUCUACAGCCUGACGCGACCCCGUCACCCCAGACGAGCGCUUCGAAACUGCCGUUUCGAAGUCCCCUGAGCCGCGCCGCCUCGUCCUCACCCAUGCCUGAUGACACUCCUCCCCGAUCUGUAAAUCGCAUGUCUUUCCGCGAGAGGCUGGCGUCGCCGGGCCCCUACUCGCAACUGACGCUAUCCAAGACACGCCUCUCCAACCAGACACCGCUGCCUGCUGUUGGUAACAGGCGCGUGUCUAUGCCGCCAGAAAGGCCCGACGACCUGAGCGCCGGAUCACAGCGCUCGGUUAGCUCCCUGGCCUCGACUCGCAGGGCUAGCCUAUUCCCUAACCCUCGCUCUCCAAGCGAGCGGGUGGGAAGCGCUAUGGGCGGACGAAGCAGCCCGCAGGCCUUGGCGGGAGCCCGUGCUGCCAUGCGCAACGGUCACAGCAACGUCUCUGACCAGAAGCAGGCUGGGGACGGCAAGCCAAGAUGGAGAUUCUAAGCUGCUGUUCCUGGCUCGAAUCGCUCCAUCGGUUCGAUUAUACCUGCCUGGAAACAUCCUCCUUUACCUCCAAGAGAUGCAUGACGAGAUCACGGGCUUUCGAAUUCUCCUUCACAGCUCCCGGAGCUGAUACUGCUCUCGACUCGCACCAGCAAUCACUUCAUCGCGCGCGGCAUCGCCUUUACCGUUCCUUCUUCCAGCCAUCACCAAGGCUGUCCCUUUUCUUCUUAAUUUUUCAUUUUCACUUGUUCAUGUUAGCGGGGACGCCUUGGCCUUAUCCUUGUACACAGAGUGUUAUGAACAUGCGAAAUCCAACAGCGGCUCCGUUUCGUGGCAUCGACACGGCAGCCAACACUUUCUUGAACCUUGUUUGUUCGGUUGAUUCGUCUGUCAACCAGGCCAGAGUGUACGUAAUACGACGGAGGGAUGGAUAUGAGGCGUAGGUGGCAUCGUGCGUUCUUGGCGCACCUUCUUCAAGCUGUGUCAGAUGGACACUGUGCCGGGCCUGGGCGACCUACCUCCUACUUGUCGACCUAGACCCCUCCCUACGCGAAAUGCAGGGACGCGAUGGGGCAUGUUUUUGUUUGCUUUACAGAGAUCAGAGCGCAACCGAUACCCAAAACUUUUGUAAGAUACCGAUCAACAAGCGAAUCUAGACCUCAAUGACCCGGGUGGGUCAACGAGAGCCAAUACACCCACGU